CACGUGCGGCGGCUGCUGUGGCUGCGGGGCGGCGGCCGCCUGCGCCACGUGGGCCUGGGUCUCUGCUCGCUGGUCUACGAGGCGCCCUUUGACGCCCAGGCCAGCCUCUACCAGGCCCGCUGCCGCUACCUGCAGCCCCGCUGGGCCGACUUCCCCGCGCGGGUCCUGGACGUGGGCUUCGCGGGCCGCUGGUGGGUGCUGGGGACCCGCAUGCGCGACUGCGACGUCAACGACGACGAAUUCCUCCACCUGCCGGCGCAUCUGCGCGUCGUCGGGCGCCAUCAGCUGCGCUCCGAGGCCAACGAGCGGCUCUUCGACGAGAAGUACAGGCCGGUGGUGCUCACCGACGAUCAGGUGGACCAGGCGCUGUGGGAGGAGCAGGUCUUGCAGAAGGAGAAGAAGGACAGGCUGACCCUGAGCCAGGCCGACUCGCUGGUGCAGCCGGAGGGCCCGAGAUGAGCCCCAGGGAG